AUGAAGCAGUGGUUCAAGCGGCGCCUCAGAAAAUCAACGGCCUCGGUCACCCCAGAGAAUGCUGGGACUGAUAAAGCCUUGACUCCAGGUAGGCAAGCCAUUAUGGAAAUUAGGAUACUCGAUGAUGGCAGACGAUGGCAGCUAAUAACGAGUGCCGAGACAGACUCGACGGCAACAGUAGUAACUGCUGUCCAGGUACAGCAAUGUCAAAGCCCUCCGGACGCACCACCGUAUGCCUACACGUCCGAUUUGUGGCAGGAAGCUUAUCGCUCCUUGGACAAUGCAGAUCAGCAAAACCUUGAACAGUUCCAUAAGCUGCAGCAAAACGAUACUGCAAGGGGCAUUGCAGAGGAAAUCGAGGAGAGAAUACGCCAGGUGUUCGACAAAAAGGAACGAAACCAGGGCGCGAAACAAAUCAUCGAACGAGCAUUAGCGGUACUAAACAAAUUUUUGUCCGUAGGAGAUGUGGUGGCCAGUUUCGAUCCUGCCCACGCUGCUUUGCCCUGGGCUGCUGUUAGGUCCAUUUCUAUGCUUCUGGCGGCUCACAGUGAAUUACAUGGAAUGGUUUUGGCUGGAAUCUCUCAGGCUGCAACACUACUUGCUCAAUGCGACAUCCACCAACAGUUGUACAUGGUUGGGGCUCAUGCACUUCGUCCACCUGAGACCAGCUUAGGAAAGCUGAGGCUAGCGAUGAUUAAAGCGUAUAUAAGAUCCCAGAAAUUUCUUAGCUUCGCUAUUGAGAGCCUACAGAAGAGGGUCAAAAUCGCCGCGGUUUUUAAACUUGACGUUGUCCGAGAACAUGUGAGGCGGCUAUCAGAGAGCGAGCAACAAGUUCAGCAGGUUGCAAAUCACUGCGAGGCGCAGUGCAACCGAACCGGGAGGGCAGGGGUUAAAAAGCUACUGGAAAUGGCUGCAGAGUUUAUGCAAACUACACAGCACAGCACUGAGCUCAUUUUGGAGAUGAUUAACGACAAGGAGCAGCUUGAAGUGCUAAAUUGGAUCUCGGAAGUACCAUACGGAAGUCAUCACCUAAUUGUGAAGGAAAUUCGAACAGCGGAAACAUGCGAGUGGCUAAUGCAUCAUAAACCUUUCAUUGAAUGGGAUACUGCCGACAGGUCUUCCAUAUUCUGGUUACACGGCUCCCCUGGAACUGGGAAAACAUUCCUCACGUCCAAGGUCAUUGAUCGCGUACAGAACCGACUGGAAAACGAAGCCACUCAGGGAGGAUUUGCUUAUUUCUACUGUAAUCGAAAUGAGGAGUGCCGCCGCGAACCGCUUUCGGUCCUCCGUGCUCUCGUUCGUCAAUUAUCGACCGUUCCAUCUCAGCCGAAGUAUGUCCGUAAGCAGCUUCUGGAUACAUGUAGGGAGCUAAGGUCAAAGAGUUCCCAUCUUGGUUUCGACUCGUGCCGUAGUCAACUACUACAAUCUGUUAAUGGAUACUCUCAGACUACCAUUAUCCUAGAUGCCCUGGAUGAAUGCUCCCCUGAUAGGCGUUGGAAGUUGAUGGAUAUCAUACAAAGCCUGAUAAGCGAGUCUGAGCGGCCUAUUAAGGUGUUUAUCGCAAGCCGUCCGGACCACGAUAUUAGAAUAAGAUAUUCCCGACUGUCCAAUGUUAAAAUUUAUGAAGCAAACAACCAGGGCGAUAUUGAGAAAUAUGUUAAUGAGGAGAUAAACAGGCCGAGAGUAUGGGGUCCAAUAUCACCAUCGUUACGUGACUAUCUCGUUGACACCCUUCUCAAGGGCAGCCACGGAAUGUUCCAAUGGGCACAUCUUCAAAUUAAGCAAGUGCUCGAAUUGCCAACAGAAGAGGAUAUCCGGGCAAGGCUCGGAAGGCUUCCAUCUGGGCUCAAAGAGGCAUAUGAUGAAAUAUACGGCAAGAUAGCGAAAUAUCCACGAGGCAAAGCAAUAGUGGAUUCCGCUAUUACGUGGAUGAUGAGUUCCGAUUUUGUUAUUACAAGCGAUGUUCUGCUGGACGCAAUUCGUAUUAGACUUGAUACUGACCAGUUGGGUACUUCGAAUGCAGUAUCAGAGGCACAACUACUUUCUCUAUGCAAUCAUCUACUAGUUGUCGAUUCUACAUCCAACCAGUGGCUGUUCUCACACCUCUCAGUGCUGGAGUACUUCGAAUCCAAUCAUUGGACCCUCGUACAGGCUCACUGUAGCAUUGUAAAGGUAUGCUUCAGGCUGCUUCUAGCAACAUUUGGAGGAGAAAUGAAUGAAGACACAAUUACGAGGUUUAACAAUAGGCAUAAGUCAGAGUCGCAGAACGAAGUGGGCAAGUUGCUACAUGUUCAGAAAUAUGUGAUUGAGACUUGGGUCCAUCAUGUCACAAGCUACGAGAGGUUAGUGAAGAGGGAAGACCAAGCGCCCGACCCAACGCUUCUACAGCUGGCGAGGAGAUUUCUAGGGACUUCGGAAAAUACUAGCGCUGAAUACCGCAAAUGGCGUCAGCAUUUCUUAGAGGAGUAUGGCUAUCGUGUGCUCCCUUCGGAUAUGGCAACCCUUCUAUGUCAGUACUCAAUUUCUCCCCUCCCGCGAGACUGGUGGGAUGAGGGGGAAAAUUUUGCACAAACGUUAGCCGGCUUCGUGUAUGAAGAGAAGUCUAAUCACAUGCCGAUGUCUGAAAAACUUGCUCGGAAGAGUUUCGUGUAA